UCAUGAAAGCGAUAGUUGGAAAAAAAACUUACGGCUACCUCCUAAAGAUAAUCGGCCGCAGACAGAGGACGUAACAGCCACAAAGGGCAAUGAAUUUGAAGAUUAUUUCCUGAAGCGUGAACUACUGAUGGGCAUAUUUGAGGCUGGAUUUGAGCGUCCAUCGCCUAUUCAAGAGGAAUCCAUACCUAUCGCCUUAACCGGUCGAGACAUUCUUGCAAGAGCAAAAAAUGGUACUGGAAAAACGGCGGCCUUCGUCAUUCCCGCCCUAGAAAAAAUAAACGUAAAAAAGCCGAAGAUCCAAGCAUUAUUACUCGUUCCCACGAGGGAGUUAGCCUUACAAACAUCACAAGUGUGUAAGAUGCUCGGUAGACAUAUGGGGGUUCAAGUCAUGGUCACAACGGGCGGAACAACGUUAAAGGAUGAUAUUCUUCGUCUCUCCGAAACCGUACACAUUGUUGUCGGAACGCCAGGUCGUAUCCUGGACUUGGCAGGGAAAGGAGUUGCCGAUUUUAAUGAAUGCCCAACGUUCGUGAUGGAUGAAGCUGAUAAAUUACUAAGUCCGGAAUUCUCACCGAUUGUCGAACAACUAUUGACAUAUUUUCCCAAAGACCGCCAAAUAAUGCUGUAUAGCGCUACAUUCCCCUUAAUCGUGAAAAGCUUUAAGGAUAAAUAUCUCGUAAAACCUUACGAAAUUAACUUAAUGGACGAACUUACGCUUCGCGGUGUUACACAAUAUUACGCAUUUGUUGAAGAAAGACAGAAAGUGCAUUGUCUGAAUACUCUAUUUUCCAAGCUUCAAAUCAAUCAAUCCAUCAUUUUCUGCAAUUCCACCAAUCGUGUUGAACUUCUCGCCAAGAAAAUAACCGAACUCGGAUAUUCCUGUUUUUACAGUCACGCAAAAAUGUUACAAAGUCAUCGUAAUCGCGUUUUCCAUGAUUUCAGAAACGGUGUUUGCCGUAACUUGGUGUGUUCAGAUCUGCUUACUCGUGGUAUUGACAUUCAGGCGGUCAAUGUUGUGAUUAAUUUCGAUUUCCCUAAAAAUGCGGAGACAUACCUUCAUCGUAUCGGCAGAUCUGGACGGUUUGGUCACCUCGGUCUUGCCAUCAAUCUCAUUACUUACGAAGAUCGCUUCAAUCUGUAUAAAAUCGAACAAGAACUAGGAACCGAAAUUCAACCUAUUCCACCCGUCAUCGAUAAACAAUUAUAUGUUGCUCCCACUGCGCUUGAUGAGGCUCAAACACAAUCUCAACAACAACAAGUAGUUCAACAGAUUCCUCAACAGAACAAUAAUCAAGCUAUGCGUAAUCAGAAUCAACGCAACAACGGUAGCAUGAGAAAUCCUAACACAGGACG